UACAACCAACUCAUACAGUCUCCAUAUUUUAUAUUAAUGGCAGCUUUUUCAGAUAAAAAAACCCAGAUAAUUUCCUUUUACAGGAAUUAACAGGAAUAAUCAUACUAAAAUUGAAAUACAAAUACCACCAACAAAUCUGUUCCCACUCCUGAAAUUAGGAGAGAGAAUAUUGCAGCAUAAAGAUUCCAAGUGUGUAAACUUUUUAUUUCUUUAACAUGGAAGGUACCGUUGUUAGGCGUGUAAUCCCGUCUGACAAUAGCUGUCUGUUUAAUGCUGUUGGAUAUGUUAUGGAUCAUGAUAAACAGAAAGCUUCUGAAUUAAGACAGGUUAUAGCUGCAACUGUGUGUAGUGAUCCCGUGAAAUACUCUGAAGCGUUUCUUGGGAAACCAAAUGAAGCAUAUUGCUCAUGGAUUCUCGAUUCAGAGAAAUGGGGAGGUGCCAUAGAACUUUCAAUAUUAGCUGAUUAUUAUGGACGCGAAAUAGCAGCUUAUGACAUCCAGACAAAUCGAUGUGAUUUGUACGGUCAGGACCGUAAUUUCAGUGAAAGGGUUAUGUUACUUUAUGAUGGGCUUCACUAUGAUGCUUUGGCUAUGUCUCCCUCUGAAGGAGCUCCGGAGGAGUUCGAUCAAACAGUAUUUUCUGUACGCAAUGACAGAACCAUAGGUAUUGAGGGGCUUGCUCAGAAUUUCGUGAAGUCGCAGCAUAGGCAGAGAAAGUUUACCGACACUGGCAACUUUACAUUGCGGUGUGGCGUCUGCCAAAUCGGUGUCAAAGGACAGAAGGAGGCUAUGGAGCACGCCAAGACGACUGGCCAUGUCAACUUUCAAGAAUAUAAGUAAUACUAUACUUGAAAACAAAAACCCUUCAUUAUAGAAAGAUCAUUCAUUGUGCUGCCAAAGAACAUUCAUAUUGUAACAUGUGUAUCAACAAAUUGAGAAAGUCCCUGUUGUAGCAAACAAAUGGGAUCAUAUGUUGUUAUUACUCCAAUUUUCAGAAAUUAUAGAUUGAUCUUGUUUUCUUAUGUGAAUUUAGUGGAAAAUCAAUUUGUCAUGACAGUAUAAAUCAAUCAAUGAAUCAUGGUUUAUGUA